CUAUUUGUAUUUACGGCAUGUUUCUUUUGGGGGUAUCAGGAUGAUCUCUCAUUCAAGCUUGAGUAUGCCCAUCCUUAUUUGGAUGGUGUGGAGGACCGUAGUAGAAACCGCACAUUCAAAGCUAGCUGCUUCAAUGUCAAGAAAUUAAGUCCUGUGUUUGUUGCUGGCCCCAACAUGGAUGAAGCUCCACCUGUAUGGGUUGAUAGAGUUGGAUUUAAAGCAACUAUAACAGAGAGCUUCACAAGGCAGAGCAAAUUUACUUAUGGCUUUGUGGUGGAAGAAAUUAAAACGCACGAUGAAGAUAACAACAUAUGCACACAUGGUUCUCGAGUAUUGCCUAGUCGUGCCUUGAGCAUGGAUGGACCUCCCACAACCUUCAGUGGUACUGGUGUGGAUCGAAUGGCAUUUCUACAAGCUAAUAUAACUCGAGACAAUACUGAGUUUGUUAACGGUGCAACUAUUGGUGACAGAUAUAUAUUCCAGCUGGACCAAGGACUCGGCAUUGGAAGCAAAAAUCCAUUCUUCAACCGUCAUCAGCUUUCAGUGACAAAGUUCAUUAAUUUGAAUAAGAAGGAUAAAGGUGCUGGCAAGCCACCACCAGCUGUUUUAGCCAUUCAUGGUCGCUACGCAGGUUGUGUAGGAGAUCUGCCAAGCUAUGAUGCAUUUGCAAUCGGAGGACCUCAUUCUGUUAGGGGCUAUGGUAUGGGGGAACUGGGUGCUUCCAGGAAUAUUCUUGAGGUUGCCACUGAGUUGCGCAUCCCCAUCACUGUGAAGAAUAGACAGACGCAGGUGUAUGCAUUUGCCGAGCAUGGCACUGACCUUGGGAGCUCCAAGGACGUGAAGGGCAACCCUACAGAGUUCUUCCGACGCGCAGGCCACGGGUCCUCUUAUGGCCUUGGUGUCAAGCUUGGCACGGUGAGGGCAGAGUAUGCUACAGAGUUCUGAUCACAAUGCUGGUACGGGAGCCUUCUUCCUGAGAUUUGGCGAAAGAUUCUGAAGGCCGCAUCUCUCCCCAGAUUUGACGUUCAGAAAACCCCUAUGUAAAUUUCACUGCCAACUUUUCUGAACAAAAUUAACUCGUGAAGAUAUCACCCACAGUGUGUGCAAAAAGCGAACCGAGAGGAAGUUGAAUCGAAUCGUCAACACAGUGGCAGUCGAAUUGUUGCUGUCAGAGUAAAAAACGACGCGUGCAGACGGUUCGGCUUGUGAGCUACUGCAGCUGCAUUUUUUAAUCCAAAUGGCCGCUGGUUGCUAGCGCGAGGGGGAGCUUCCAGCUGAUUGAAUAAUUUUUUAUACCAUACGUUGGCCCUAUGAAAACGAUGUCGACACUGGCAGCAUCGAACACUAGUAUUAUUCGACUCGUGUGAUCAGAACAAUCCGAACCAGCACUGGAGCUGGCCAGGUUACUAGAUCAUGUAUCACCAAGGCUUGCGUUAUGAAUAGUUGAUGGAUACUGGGAGUAGGGAGUUUUAUUUUGAUGAAAGGAUGACAUUGUGCUCGCUU